UCUCACUGUAACCAUCAUAAACCAAAUUUACACCAAAAUCUCCUGUUUUUUUUUUUUUUUUCAUCUUCCUCAUUUAUUGGUAACGUACAAAUACAAUAAACAUAAUUAUAUACACAUUUGAUAUUACAUACAUAUAUAGAAAAAUAAAAACCCAUAAAAGAAUCACUCUGUUGCUCUUCUCUCUCUUUUUCAACGUUUUUCUGUCCCUUUUUUUUUACUUUCUUAAGUACUUGAAUACCGACAUCUUUUUUCCUUAGUAUGUUUCUUGGGAUUUUCACUGCACCAAUGUUCAUAAUAUUGAAUUUAAGUUAGUUUAUUUGCAUAAGUUGGGUUUUUGUUAAAUUCUUAAUUUGGUGAAAAAAUAUUUCAUGGGAAUUGAGCCUGGAAAAGAAACAACAACAGCAACCACGAAUAGCAACAAGUCUUCUCGGAAGAACCGGCGACGUAAUCGCAAAAUGUCGCCGGUUCAGAAUCUUUUUCACACUUGUAAGGAGGUUUUUGCUAAUGGUGGAACCGGCUUUAUUCCUCCUCCUAACCACGUCGAACGAUUGCGUUCUAUUUUGGAUAGCUUGAAGGCGGAUGAUGUUGGCUUGAGCCCAGAACUACCGUAUUUUCGACUAAUCAGGAAUGGACGAUCUCCUAUCAUAACGUACCUACACCUCUAUGAAUGUGACAAGUUUUCGAUUGGGAUUUUCUGCUUGCCACCGUCUGGUGUACUGCCGCUUCAUAAUCAUCCAGGAAUGACUGUUUUCAGUAAACUUCUAUUUGGGACAAUGCAUAUUAAAUCAUUUGACUGGGCGGAUGACGUACCUUGCACCAGUGCUACUUCAGAAAAUGUUCCGCGGGCCCGGUUGGCGAAGCUGAAAGUGAACGCAGACUUUGUUGCCCCUUGCAACACUUCAAUCCUUUAUCCAGCAGCAGGUGGAAAUAUGCACUGUUUUACAGCAGUGACAGCAUGUGCAGUUCUUGAUGUUCUGGGCCCACCUUACUCUGAUCCUGAUGGCCGCCAUUGUACAUACUACAGGGAGCACCCUUUUGACCGUUUCCCAGUUGACGGGAAAUCCGAGCUUGAAAAUGAGAAGGAUGGUUUUGCUUGGCUUGAAGAGAGGGAGAAACCGCGAGAAUUGGCUGUUGUCGGGGCACCAUAUAGAGGUCCCAAGAUAAUGGACAGUUGAUCGUGGUUAUUAAUCUUGGUGGUGCGAUUACACUACCGUUGCUGCAACACCUAUCCGUGUCUUUUUCUCCUUCAGUCAAAAGUGCCCAAGUUUCUCUACAGCUCUUGCAGCCUUGUACAUAAAUAGGAGAAACUGAGAAAGUAAGAAGAAAAUGCAAAUGGAUGGACGAAACAGAAGAGGAGAAAAGAUAGUGAAAGAGAGAAAAUCUAUUGAAAAAUUAGGCUUAACAGUUUAAGAAAGAAGCUCCAAAGGGAAAACACACCUAUUUUUAGAUGUAGUGAAAAGUCGUCCAGAGCAUAGAGAAACUUCUUUGUUCGAGUUCAAUUCUUGUUGGGAAAACCUGAGAAUAAUUGUUUUGAGUAAUUUGUUGCAUGUAUGCUGAAUUCUGUACUUUUUGCUGCGUCGCACUUUGUGGUGUUAUGCCAUUGUAGUUGGCGGCGUAGUUUUUUCUGCCUAAAUUAGAAUAUUAUCAUUCAUGCAUUGCUGGUGUUGUAAAAUGACUUGUUUGAUCUGAUUCAGAUGGUUGUGUA